AUGGAAAUUGAUCUGAACCAUGCAGUGAAUGAGGUGGAGAAGACUGCACUUUGCAAUGGGGACUGUGACAAAUCCAGUGCUUGUGUUUACUGUUUGUCCUCUUCAUCUUCUUCAUGUUCUUCAAACUCAGCUUCGCCUCCUGGUGCCUCUUCCAUUUAUUUGGAGCUUUGGCGUGCUUGUGCGGGUCCUCUCACUUCACUUCCCAAAAAGGGAAAUGUUGUUGUUUACUUCCCUCAGGGUCACUUGGAACAAGUUGCCUCUGCCUCUCCUUUCUCCCCCUUGGAAAUGGCCACCUUUGAUCUCCCUCCUCAAAUCUUUUGCAAAGUGGUGAAUGUCCAGCUUCUCGCCAAUAAGGAGAAUGAUGAGGUCUAUACACAAGUCACUUUACUUCCUCAGCCAGAGUUGGGAGGGCCUAAUUUGGAGAGCAAGCAGCUGGAUGAGCUAGGUGUGGAUGAGGGAGGUGGAGGAUCACCUACAAAAUCAACUCCUCACAUGUUUUGCAAGACGCUAACAGCUUCUGACACUAGCACCCAUGGAGGGUUCUCUGUUCCACGUAGAGCUGCCGAAGACUGCUUUCCUCCGCUGGAUUACAAACAGACGAGGCCCUCACAAGAGCUUGUUGCCAAAGACCUGCAUGGAGUUGAGUGGAGGUUUCGACAUAUAUAUAGGGGUCAACCAAGGCGGCAUCUCCUUACAACAGGCUGGAGUAUUUUUGUGAGUCAAAAGAAUCUUGUUGCUGGUGAUGCAGUGCUCUUUCUGAGGGGUGAAGGUGGAGAGCUGAGAUUGGGAAUUAGAAGAGCUGUACGACCAAGAAAUGGUCUUCCUGAUUCAGUUAUUGCAAAACAGAAUUCAUAUCCAAAUGUUCUUUCUUCAGUGGCUAAUGCAAUAUCCACCAAGAGCAUGUUUCAUGUCUUCUACAGUCCAAGGGCCAGUCAUGCAGAGUUUGUUGUACCCUUCCAAAAGUAUAUUAAAAGCAUCACUAAUCCAGUGUGCACUGGAACAAGAUUCAAAAUGAGAUUUGAAAUGGAUGAUUCGCCUGAGAGAAGAUGUAGUGGUGUGGUGACGGGAAUAGGGGACUCAGAUCCUUAUAGAUGGCCCAACUCAAAGUGGAGAUGCUUAAUGGUUAGGUGGGACGAAGAUAUUGUGAGUGAUCACCAAGAGAGAGUGUCCCCUUGGGAAAUUGAUCCUUCUGUCUCUCUCCCACCCUUGAGUAUUCAAUCUUCACCAAGGUUGAAGAAACUGCGGACAGGUCUGCAGGCUGCUCCACCUGACACCCCCAUCACAGGAGGGGGUGGAUAUUUGGACUUUGAGGAAUCAGUAAGAUCCUCUAAGGUCUUGCAAGGUCAAGAAAAUGUAGGUUUCGUAUCACCCCUAUACGAACGUGAUACUGUAAACCGCCCGCUCGAUUUUGAGAUGCAGUCUCCAGCACAUCAAAGUCUUGUGUCAACAGGAAUUGAAAAGACUAAUAUUAGUGAGUUUCUAAGGGCUCGCACCACCACUUACACAGGCUUUGCAGAAUCUAAUGUGUUUCCGAAGGUCUUGCAAGGUCAAGAAAUUUGCCCAUUGAGAUCCCUAACACAGAAGGCUGAUCUUAACCUUGGCAUUUGGGCAAAAACCAAUCUUGGUUGCAAUUCUUUCAACAUGCAUCAAGCACCCAAAACCAAUUGCUAUCCGCUGGCAUCAGAAGGCCUUCGAAAUAUGUAUUUUCCUUAUAGUGACUUUUACAAAGCUGGCCAGGAUCCUACAAUGAGCUCUUAUACAUCUACGUUUCUAAGAGGCAAUGUCUCGUUUAAUCCUUCGUCAGUUAAGACGGGGAUUAUUGUGGACAGUGUCAGAAAACCAAAUCCAUUGAAUGAGCAUAAGCCAUUAGAGAGUAUUGCGAGUCCUGCUUUUAGGAAAAGUUUGAGGAACCAACAGGAUGACUGCUUCAAAGGAAAUGUGGCUGGAUGUAAACUCUUUGGGUUCUCCUUGACUGCAGAAUCACCCACGCCAAACUCACAAAAUUCUGGUAAGAGGAGUUGUACGAAGGUUCACAAGCAAGGCAGCUUGGUUGGAAGAGCCAUUGAUCUCUCAAGACUGAAUGGAUAUGAGGACUUGAUGACUGAACUAGAACAUCUAUUCAGUAUGGAAGGCCUUUUAAGAGAUGCUGAUAAAGGGUGGCGAGUUUUGUAUACUGACAGUGAGAAUGAUGUAAUGGUGGUUGGAGAUGACCCGUGGCAUGAAUUUUGUGACGUGGUGUCCAAGAUCCACAUAUACACCCAAGAAGAAGUGGAGAAGAUGACCAUAGGAAUGGCCAGUGACGAUACUCAGAGCUGUCUGGAGCAAGCACCAGUGAUAAUGGAAGCAUCUAAGUCUUCCUCAGUGGGCCAGCCAGAUUCCUCUCCAACAGAUAAGGGUAUGAGGAUCGGUGUUUGUUUUUAGUGUUGUGUUGUGUUUUGCAAUGUGUGCACAACUUGUUGAACCCUUAAGCUAUCUAGCAAGUAUUUGACAUCAUCGAAUGAACAUGUCGGAAGCUAAAAGUGGCCUUUUCUGGCCUUAUGGUAUUUGACAAUUGAACUUGAUUGAAGUGAUUCAAGCCUGGUGCUUUGUGGAGUCAUCAACAAUGUGUGGCACCAUAAUCGGAUCCAUGCACUGUCUCUUAGAGGGUCAUUUCAAUGCGUGAUUUGUGGUAACAAUCCACAUGAAUUAAAAACCGCUUUUACAUUUCGGCCA